UAACGUUGUAUAAAUUUAAUUUAUUUUUAUACAUAUCUCUAACUUUUGUUAACAUAACCUUUUUUUCAAAACAAUUUGCUACGGGAUUGUCAUUCUUUGCGUGGAUCCAUAUGUAUUAUUAUGUGUAAAAUAUAAUAUUUGUAAAAUCACCCAUAUACCACACAAAAAAUGUAUAAAUAAAUUACUACAUGUUACAUAAAGAGAUAAAAACUAAUAAUAAAAAGAAUUUUAUUUUUCCUAUAAUUUCUACAAUGUUCAUUGCUAUUUAAAAAAGAUCAACUCAAAAGACAUGUAUAUACAUAAAUAAUCUUGAUAAAAGUUUAUACAAGUACUAAAUUUAUGCAAAAUGAAUGAAGAUUUAUUUAAACGAAUAAAAACCAGAUUAAAAUUGGAACAUUAUUUAAUGAAUGAUGAAUGGUUAAAAGAUUGCACUGAAUUCUACAUAAAUCAACAUGAAAAUCCAAGCACAGAAGAAAUUUUGCAAUUUGUAAAAGUACAAUGGCAACUUAGUGAUUUACGAGAAAUUAAUAAUGAAAAUGGAAGUCUGCCACCUAACAUUUCACAACACAAGUUCAUUGUAUUAACUGAAAAUUAUAUUCUCCAGGUGGAACAAAUGUAUGAUAUUACAAAAUCAAAAUAUAAACAGUUAGAACAGAUAAGAAAUACUAAUAUUUCUGAAGUUGAACCUUCUGAAUCAGAGAGAUUAGAUAAGUGGAAAUACCCUAAGAAAAGAAUGAUGCAAUUACGAUUAACUGAUGGAGUACAAGAUAUCAUUGGAAUUGAAUAUAAUCACAUACCUUGGUUAAAUGAUACGUUGCUUCCAGGAUACAAAGUUAUGGUAAUAGGGCCAGUAAAAUGUCGUAAAGGUGUAUUAUUACUAGAAGAAGGAAAAUUCAAAGGAACUGGUGGAGAAGUAGACAGUUUGUUAAUUCCUAAUGCUCUGGAAAAUAUCUUAGCCAGAGCUCUGAAUUUAAAAGAAAAUCCUGAUCCUUAUAAUGACAAAGAAUCAAAGUCAAAUGUUGCCAAACCUGAAGAGCCAAAAAUAGAUGAAAGUUUCUUUGAAGAUUUUGAAAUAAAUUUAGAAGAGGUUUCAGAAAUUGAGCAUUUACACAACAGUAAUAAUAAACAAUCUAACGUUAAUACUAUUCGAACGUCAAAUAAAUCAAGAAAUGUUGCAAACUAUAGUACUAAUACCAGGACAGAUAUCCAAACGUUUGUUAAAUCAACAAUCCAAACAAAUCCAAACGUUUCAGAUAUUCAAACAUUUGAAGAAGAAAAAGUAUUAGAUGAUGAUGAUUGUUUUUUGGAAAUGGUCGAUGAAGCACAAUUUCUAGAACCGCAGUCGAAACAGGAAUAUAUUGCAACUCCCUUUAGAGCGUUACCUAAAGAAGAAGGCGAUGACAUUAUAAUAAUCGAUGAAAACGAUACAGUUGAAGAUAUUUCUACAUCACCAAAAUAUGACCAAUUACAACGUACUUCAAGAAACGAGAAGCAAAUUUCACAUUCAAGUCGUGAAUCGCUAGUUAAUAAAAAUAAUACAUCAACUACUAUGUUACAGUCUGCAGUAGGCAAAACACAAAGAGAAUCAUUGGUAAUUGGAACAAAGAGGACUAUUCCAAUGUGUUCUGAAACAAAAACUGUGAAAAAAGGUAAAAUGGAAAGAACAAUUACACAAUUUAUAAGACCACAAAUUCCAGAAAUACCGCAAAUUUGUGAAUUUAUUCAGGAUAUAAAUCGUGCAUUAAUAACAAAAACAACUUUUAAAACAAUUCGGGGACAUGUUGAAGCUUUGGGAAAAUUGACAAAAACAGAUUCAAGGUGGAUUUUAGAAUGUACAAUAGGAGAUGGUAGUGGAACAAUGGAAGUAUCUUUUUCAAAUAAGGUCUUGGAAGAGUUGUUAGGUUUCACUGUUCAGGAAUUUUCAGUAAAAAAGAAAUUGAAGAAAAAUCCAGAAAUUGAACAUCAACUUAGAAUGAUCUUCCGUAAUGCAGAACAUAAAAUCAAAACUAUGGAUGCCCUUUUAGAACUAGAAUUAAAUACAAAUAUGAAACCAACAGUAAUUAAAAUUACUGAUUUAACUCAGGAACAAAAAGAAAUAAUAGAUAAAAGACUGAAAAACUUUUUAUCUGAAAAAUAGUAUUUCAAUU